GGCUCUUGAAGAGCUCUUUGUCUAAUAGUAAAAAAAAAUGGAGGGAAUGGAUUAAAAUAAAUUUUCUUCCACACAUUUAAAAUUGAACUGAACUUCAUUUAUAGUUGAAAAGAGUUGCAGAGCUCAAGUUCGAAGCUUUAAUGGCGAAUCCACCGGCAAAAAGGAAAAGGGUCCAUGCAUUAAGGCGUGCCCCUGACGGAAGCGCUUUCGAGAAAUGUAAUUUCUGUGGCGUUUCUGUUGCAAUCGCUCUUGCUGACAUGCACGACUGCAAAUCCAAAGCAGAACAUAAAAGAUUCAAAGCCGCGAAACAGAAUCAAAACCCUAAAGUACUAAACGUUGGAGACCAGUCCAGAUCACCAUUCUGCUUCUUCAUGGAAAGCUUUCGGAAAACCCAUGAGUUGGAGGAUUGGUUAGCAGUUGAUCGGAAAGGGUUUGAGACAUGGAAGAAUAUGACAACAGAGGAGAGGUCUCCUUUUGUCCUUCAAUCGGAGAAGGUCAAUUCAGCUUAUGAGAAAGUUUUGCUCAAAGAGGUAGAGGAAUUGGAGCUUCAGGUGGAUGAUGAGUCAGAUUCACUGAAUGAUGAAAAGUUUGAUUUGGAUCAUGGAUUCUACAAGGACUGGGACAGCUCUGGGAGUGGCCAGAGCUCCUUCAGUAUAAGGUCUGAGGGAUUUGAUAGCUCUGAAUGUUAUUAAAGAGACAUGAUUGUGAAGCAUAAUACUCCGACCCUUGGUGUCCUUACUUUUUAGACUUAAGAUUUAUGGGUUGUCUGAGCAACGUCUUUGGAGAUCAAGAAGAUGUUGGAAAUAUGAAGUUUUGGGGAGCACCUUGGUUCAUCUGGAGCAAUUCACUAGUCUUACUCCUGGUGACAAGGAAAUCAAGAGGAUGGAGUGGGUUCUCAUUAACCUUUGUUAUCGAAGGCAAGUCAUUUGGCUAUUGUACAGUGACAUUAGGCUUCUUACCCAUUUUCGGGGAAGUGGGGGAUUCCUCAGGUGUUAGGAUUUGUCCUCAUUUCUCUAAAUAUAUUAUACUUCUGGUAUACCAGACUACAACUGCAAAUGAAGCUAUCAUGGCUGUGCAAUGUACCUUUUUGGCCCAAUUUGCUUUUGUAGGGAGCUUGGUACAGGUAAUACCAUCAUGCAAUCAUAUAGUCAAUAUCUCAACCUGCUUGUUGCUUUUAUCAGAAAACAAAAAAAUUGUUUGUUCUUUUACAAGAAGCUGAGACUUGUACAAUGUAUGUUUGGUUAUGGUUAGUUAUAAUGGUUUUCUUUCCCGUGACUA